UAUUGUGUAAGCUUGACCUAUUCUUCAGUUCACAUCACAUACUGACGAGCUACAAGUUAGGAACGCCUUCCACACCAGCCGGUAGCUAUGGCCGAUUUGCGCGGUGAUGUUGAGGUUCGCUUCGUACGCGAGAGUCCGCAGUGGAUGCUUACGGAGCCUGUCGCCUUCGCGCCGGUGCCAGCGCCGCUCAUGCUGCAGCAAACCGGGGAGUGAUAUGCAUCAACGUCCGAUGGCGGUGCCUGUCGUUGAGCGUGCGCACCUGUGUGUUUGUACAUAUGUUGUGGACUGUCCUUUGGCGCCCCUGCACGUACAUACGGGAAGUGGCGUUUUUGGUUGCGACUUUGGAUGGUGGUGAAGCAGGCACGUUGCUUCACUGGAGGCAAGCUGUGAACGGCGUACAGUACAUAUGGGCCGGGCGUGUUGGCGUACAGCAGGUGGCAAG